CUUUUCCUUCCACUCCACUUCAGAAACGCCAAGCGGCCCUACGUUCCCACGCCUCUGUACAACAACCAACAAGCAUUUUGUCUUGAAUCAGCAAGGAUUUUAAUAUGCGGAAACGACCUCUUUAAAUGCCGUCAAUGGACGUUACACAUCGUGCAAAUUGGAUAAUCGUCGGGAAAUAAGUAAAUAGCACUGCCGACUGCGGAUCUGACAUAUUUCCUCUGGAACACACAGCUCAGAAACUUUUUUUUGUGGCGCGUGUACAGCGCUCGCUACAGGCGUCAAUAGCUUACUGCUUUCUUUGUCAUUUAUCUUUUUCUCUCGAUUUUUCCAUCGUUGGUAACGUUGCAAGUUUAGCAAAAAUAUUUGCACAUAUGGAUUUUACUAUCUGGAUGUGUGUGGUUUUUUAAUCUAAGUGACUUGCAGUUUCUACUUUUUCCUGUCUGGAGAGACGCGACAAGAAGGAAGACGAGCGCCCACCCUCAGGAAUUUGAACAAGCAAGAAAAUGAACGUGCAUUGAAUGUUGGCUGGCGACUUUACACAGAAAUUAGCCAGUUGAAAAGCUAGCAAGCUUUCUUAGAUUUUAAUUGAGUUCGCAUUGUAGCUGGGUUUAAAGUAGGAUAGGAUAUGCUGGCUAUCUAAUCGGAUUCGAUAGAUGCGUUUGUCCAAACGGAGACAGUAGCUAGCUAGCAACAACAACAACAUAGUUUGUUACACAAAUUUCAACAUGCCGCAGUUGAACGGUGGAGGAGGGGAUGACUUGGGAGCAAACGACGAGUUGAUAUCUUUCAAAGACGAAGGGGAGCAGGAGGAGAAGAUCUCGGAAAAUGUUUCUGCCGAACGGGAUCUAGACGACGUCAAGUCCUCUCUGGUCAACGAAUCCGAAAACAACAGCAGUUCCUCCGACUCCGAGGCUGACAGACGUCCCCGGCCCAGACCAGACUUGGAAAGUUAUGUCCGACAGAGAGAGUUCUUUGCCGAAGCCUUGAGGAGACAGCAGGAUGGAGGAUUGUUCAAGCCUUCACCAUAUGCUGGUUAUCCAUUCCUGAUGAUCCCAGACCUCGCUAACCUCAGUAACCUUGGUAACCCUUACCUUACCAAUGGAGCCCUUUCUCCCGGAGCCAGGACGUACUUACAGAUGCAGUGGCCCCUCCUGGAUGUACCUGGAAGUGCAGCUCUCAAAGACCCCCGCUCUCCCACCCCAACUCACAUGUCUAAUAAGGUACCAGUGGUGCAGCACCCCCACAUGUCCCACAUGUCCCCCCUGCUGUCCUACAGUCCUGACCCCUUCCCCCCCAGGACCCCCCCUCCUCACCUCUCUCCGGACACCGCAGGGAUCUCCCGGACGCCUCACCCAGCCGAAUUGUCGCCCUACUACCCUCUCUCUCCCGGGAGCAUGGCCCAGAUCCCUCACCACCUGGGCUGGCUGCAGGGCCAGUCGAUGUACUCUCUCCCCGGCGGGAGCUUCAGACCCUCCUAUCCCGCAGCGCUCGCCAUGAACGCCUCCAUGUCCAGCCUGGUGUCCAGUCGCUUCUCCCCCCACCUGGUCCCGCCCCCCCAGUCGUCCAUCCCCCACCCGGCCAUCGUCACCACGGCGAUCAAGCAGGAGCCCCGAGACGGCAACCAGCACGGGAAGAGCGUGUCCCCGGCCCAGAAGGAGAAGGAGGAGGAGAAGAGGCCUCACAUCAAGAAGCCCCUGAACGCCUUCAUGCUGUACAUGAAGGAGCAGAGGGCCAAGGUGGUGUCAGAGUGCACCCUGAAGGAGAGCGCCGCCAUCAACCAGAUCUUGGGCCGCCGGUGGCACUCUCUGUCCAGAGAGGAGCAGGCCAAGUACUACGACCUGGCCCGCAAAGAGAGGCAGCUCCACUCUCAGCUCUACCCUGGCUGGUCAGCCAGAGACAACUACGGGAAGAGGAAGAAGAGGAAGAGGGAUAACAAGUGUGAUUCUGCUCUGCCCGACGACCCCACAGAGCACUUCUCCCCGCAGCCCAAGAAGUCCUGCGUGUCGUUCGGCUCUCAGGAAAAGCAGAGCGCCUCGCACGCUCACCCCCACCUGACGCACACCCACCUCUCCCAGGCCAGCCCCGCCUCCUCGCUGGACUCGCCGGCGACGCCCACCACGGCGCUGGCCUCGCCGGCGGCGCCGGCGCCCACCCACACCGAGCACACGCACGCGCCGAGCCACGGCGAGCACGUGCACGCCGAGCAGGUCCAGCCCCUCUCCCUCACCACCAAGCCCCACCGCCCGCACAGGGACGUACACUUGCAGCCCCAAAGCCACGCUCAGUCUCACGCGCUCCGCGCCGGCAAGCCCUCAGGUCAUACCUCCUCCUCCCCCUCCUCCUCUCACCCCUCCUACUCCCCCCAGAUAGGCUCCUCCUCCUCCUCCAGCAGCAAGACUCCUCCCCUCCUCUCCCGUCCGUUCGCCUUCCCCCCCGCCCUGGCCCCGCCUCCGAGCUCCCUCCACCAAUCGGUGCUGAGCUCCCAGCGUGCCUUAACGCAGUCCCAGCCCCUCUCUCUGGUCACCCGAACCAAUCACUGAAGCGCUCGGGGAGCUGUGUAGUGUUAGCCCUAAGGGCAGGUCUAGGACCAGCUGUCCUUGCCUCAGCCACAGAUGGCUGAGGUCACAUCUGGCCAGGAGUCAGUGCCUUGGGGGGGGGAUAUCUACCCACUCCCAUCUUUUUUACCUCGCUUUUAAAAGCUGCAAGUGAGCUUUUUUUUUUUUUUUUUUUUUAACCCUUUUUAUAGUUAAUAGACCACCCUUUAUAUUAGUAUGAAAAGGAAAGAAAAAAAAUAUCGGUCAAUAUUUGAUCACCUCUUUCUAACUUGUCUUCAUGAAACAAUGUAUUUUUUUGUAAACCUCUAUUUUUCAGAAUUGUUACCUUUUUAUAAUUUCUCAAUGUUCAACUUAUAAAUGACACAUGUAAAAAAAAUCAUUUUUAAUGGAAAUCAAAACAAAAAUGGCUGUAAGUUUUAGUUUCAUCUUAUGUUUGAUGGUAGUUUUUGAGUAGACCAGCUCUGUUCUUGUUUUGUAAAGCCCUGCCUCCCAUGUGAUGAUAAUAAACAUCCAUUUUCUCUGAA